AUGGAACAAUGGAGUGUAGUUGCUACAUUACCGGUAUUACCACCAGAUAUAACCAUUGCCACAGAUCAUCCUCGCGUAGUACAUGCUAAUAUAUUACCUGAUGAUGUCUUAAGUGAGGUUGGUAACACACCUAUUUACUGCAAACAUAUUUUAACUGAUGCUGACGAUAAAUUUUACGUGAUGGAGAGAUACGGCAAAGAGUACUGGGUAAUAUGGAUAGUGGAAAUGGAUAAACAUUCUAUAACUAAGCUAAUUGAUCUUAUAGAGUUUUCAGAUGAGGUUACUACAAAGGAAUUUGGGUCAACUAAUGGAUAUCAAUCUAUCGAUGAAAUUAAUAAUUACGGGACAAGUAAAGCAGAAUGGGAUGAAAUAAAGAUAACCAAGAUUUUUAAUAGUUUUGCGGAGUCAACGAAAGACAGAAAGAUUAUUGGCAAUUCUAGUGAACUAUUUAUGACUCUACCAUCAAACAACGAGCAAAACAAAAAUACUAGAACAGAAACCUGUCUUGUGUCAGAUCCAAAAAUAUACUUCAAUCAGAGGUAUUACAGUACUCUAUUUGAACUUGAUAACGCCAUAACUUACUUUGUUAAGUCACAUUUACCUAGGGUACGAAAUUUAUUUAAGGCAAACACGAGUACAAGCGAUUAUUUGUCACAGUAUAUAGCACUUAUCAAGAGUAGCCUAAUACCAGUGAGGAACUUUGAUGAACGUCAUACAUUGAAUGGUUUAACUACCUUGUUAUCAACAUUUGAUCCAAAUAGUGAAAUCCUUGAGCUACUAACAGCGUCUCAAAAUUUAACUGAUGAUAGCUUAGGUAAUGAUCUAUCAGAAAAGAUGCUGAUGCUAUCAGUUCUAAAAUAUCGUGAACUUAAGAUUCAAGUAGUUUUGCUACUUGAAAUGAUGCAUCUACUAUCUUUGGAUGAACAGUUCGACAGUUUUGAGAAGCAGUACAAAAAUAAAUUAGAACAGAGAUCUCGAAAUGUAACCAGAUCGUCUUUCAUGCAGAGGCGCUCACGAACAAGAAAGAAUCCUUCCACUAGUAGAGAGCUGGACUCUCCAAAAGGAAACGAUAUUAACAACAACAACGAUAAUAAUAGUAACAAUAAUGUAAAUGAUGGUACAUUCAAAAUUACGACCCAAACUGAUACCAUCCAAAACAAUAUCUUUGACUUUUAUGAACUACUGGAUAUAUAUUUAGAUAAACUAUUGAUUACUGACAUUUUGAUGAGCUCAACGAAUUUAGAUAAUAAUAAUACAGAUAGUGAAAGUGAUCAACCUGAGGAGAAUAUGGUAGAGACAAAAAAAUAUAACUUCCAACAUUAUAUGAAACGUAUUUUGGAUAAAAACGAUGAAGCUUCAGUCGUGGGCUUUGUGAAUUACACAUUGAUACCAUACUAUAACAGAAAGGCACCUAAUACCAUUAAAUUUAUUAUCCAAAAACUAAAGGGGCCCAGUAUGCGUAAGCAACCUCUAAAGAGAAUAACUACAGGGAAUACUGUAAAUGAAUCAACUCCACUCAUGGACAAUUCAUUCAAUGAUUUCUCCAAUAUUAAUAAUGGAACAGAUCCACUUAGAGCGUCAAGUGUACAAUAUGCUAGCAGUGAAAAAAACAAAGAGGAACUGAGGAGCAGCUCUCCAAGCCGUAAAUCUACUUUUCUAUCACAAAGGGCUAAUUCAAAUCUUACAGAUUUUAUUGAAAAAGAGGGAUCUGUUAACAAAAGGCUUUUACCGAUAUCGCGAACAACUUCUGAUAUAUCUUUCCUUGAAAAACGACAAUUUGCAGUUGAUAAUUCAAGGCAUCUAGAUUCACAAAAUCCUCAAGUAAGUACUACAUCUGACAAAAAUACCCAACCAAAGAUGUCUAAUUCUAUAUCGAGACUAAAACAACAAUCUUUUCGAAGAGUUGGGAGAAACAAAUCAAUAUUCAAAAAGUCAACUGAUGCAACAUCUAGUUUUGCCUUUUCUCACAAAAGUAUAAAGGAGGUCAACGAAACCAAUACUAUACAAGUCUUAUCAACUCCAAUGGGUAAAAGACAAUCUAAUUUAAAAGCGCAAGAGCAAUCACCACUUAUUAUAGAAUCGCCAGAUGCAGGCAUAAUAGCGAAAAGCCAGACCAAUGUAAAAGGGAACUCAGAGAAUAAUAAUACCAAAACAAGUAUUCCACCCAAUAAAAAGGUUAAAAGACGACUAUUCGCACCAUAA